AGCUAUGUUUCCCCCUGUUUCUAGGAAGCAGAAAUAAUGAGCAGAAUUUAUGAUAUCAGCUCAUGCUGGCACUCGUCCCAGACCAAGAUCUCUUUUCACUCUCAGAUAAGGGCCCCAGCUCUACAGUUCCUACUUAGGCACAGUGAUUUUUUUCUAUAAAUAUGUUUAGGGGUACUCUCAUUUUCCUUCUCAUAUUGAAAUACUGCCCCUCAAUUAUGCCACACUCAGAGUCACAAAAUGUUUAGGGGUAUGCGUACCCCUGCGUAUCCCCAGAAAAAAAGCACUGCUUAGGCACGAGUGUUUUUGGGUGGAAAGGUAUAAAAGCACAUACCGUCCAUACAGUGGUACCUCUGGUUAAGAACUUAAUUCGUUCCGGAGGUCCGUUCUUAACCUGAAACUGUUCUUAACCUGAUGCACCACUUUAGCUAAUGGGGCCUCCUGCUGCCGCCGUGCCGCCAGAGCACGAUUUCUGUUCUCAUCCUGAAGCAAAGUUCUUAACCUGAGGUACUAUUUCUGGGUUAGCGGAGUCUGUAACCUGAAGCGUUUGUAACCUGAAGCGUUUGUAACCUGAAGCGUUUGUAACCCGAGGUACCACUGUACUUUUAAUCUGUUAGCAGUCACUGCACAGUCUAUCAGGGAUGCUUCUCAGGUGACGUCCGGUGUGACCUCCAUGGCAGCUUUCCCAUGGCACCGGACUCCAGUCAGGGGUAAUAUGGGGGUAAUUAUCCCUGACGACCCCCCAGGGCUGGGGGGGACGCCUUCACCCAAGGGUCGUGCAAUAUCUGCCGUCCGCUACAAUGGAAUGUGUGGGCAGGGAUGCUGGGUGCUUAGCACUGCACAAAUUGAAACUUUCCAAUCCCAUCGCUAUGAGCGGGAGUAUCCCUGUUUUUCAACAAAUACAGUGGUACCUCUACUUACGAAUAACUCUACUUACGAAUGUUUCUACUUACGAAUGGAGCUCUGUCCGCCAUCUUGGAUGUGGUUUAGAUAGGAUUUUUUUCUACUUACGAAUUUUUAGAUAGGGUUGCUUCUGCUUACAAUUUUUUUCUCCCAAUGCAUUCCUAUGGGAUUUGACUUACAAAUUUUUUCGACUUACAUAUGUGCGUUCGGAACGCAUUAAAUUCGUAGGUAGAGGUACCACUGUACUUGAAUUCAGACUUGGAAACAGGCGUGUUCUGGAAAGAAGGAGACAAAAAAAGGACCUGCUAAAUAAUUCAGUCACUGAGUGCCAAGGUUUUGAUCCGGAAAGGACUUUUGUCGUUCUGCUAUGGCAUUUGUGAGGUGAGCGUCUCAUUCUCUCUUACACUUGCUACUUCAUGAUCUGGCAAGCCUCACUGAGAAAGAUUUAAUUAAUUAAACAGAAUGCAAAAGGAACACUACAAAAACUUGAGAAUUUGAUGCUUUAUGGUGCUGCCCUUUGUGGAAGGCUCUAAUUAGAACUGGCAAGACAUUAUUAGAUAUGUUUUCUGCGUGGGGUGAUAAAAUGGCGUAAAUGAUGGCGCAGUAGGGAAAAAAGGGGGCCCUCCCAGGGGGGCUGAAAACAACCGAUGGAUUACAACUGGGGAAUAUUUCACUCAAGAAACUACAUCUGUUUGAAUGGACUUUUGUCGUACAGUAUAUGGAUGAAUAUAAAAGUGAAGGUGAAUCUUUGAUCUUUGUAAGCUUCCCCUAGGCCCGGUGGGGGGCGGGGGAAGCAAAGCUUGGAUUGUAGAGGAACCAAACUGGGAGGGACCUCUCGGUAUCCCCUGUCCCUCACAUCUCUGACACAAACAAUUUCGAGCUGUGAAAUAUACCUUAUGGAACUGCCUCCCACGGAAGACCCUUAUUCAGAUUGGAAAAACAUCAGUUUGUUAAAAUACUUGAAGGAUUGUGUGUCUUAAUUUUAAUUAAACAAAGAAAAGACUGCCCAGAGUUCUGGAAGAUAAGAUGGUGGAAUGAAAAGGGGCCCUCUGAGGGGAACUGCGCCGAAAAUAAUUGACGGACAACAACAGGAAGAGCAAAAUUCCUCUUGCAUGCUAAUAUAUACAGUGGUACCUCGGUUUAAGAACAGUCCUGUUUAUGAACUUUGCAAAACCUGAAGUAGUGUCUUGGUUUGCAAACUUUACCUCGGUCUAAGAACGGAAUCCGAAUGGUGGAAGGGCACCAGCAGCGGGAAGCCUCAUUAGGGAAAGUGCACCUCAGUUUAAGAACGGUUUCAGUUUAAGAACAAACUUCCAGAACGGAUUAAGUUCAUAAACCAAGGUACCACUGUAUAUAGAUUUGUUAAAUAUGAUUGGAAGUCUCAAACCAGUGACUGUCAAGAUAAGAUAAAGGGUUAAGAUCAGAACUAUGAUAUUGGGAAUAAACGAGAGAGAAAAAGCAGGAACAAGAAGCAAAAACUUUCUCCGACUGGCCAGAACAUGGGAAGUCUUUUUAAAAUAUAUAAUUUGGAAUGUAUAAUUGGCUUUAUUAUUUGUAUUAUGGUGUGGCAAGAUUUGGCAUUGUAUCAAUUGGAAUAUUAUUAAUGAAAAAUUAAUAAAAAUCAUUUAUAAAAAGGGAUUCUUCUUAGGAAUUCUGGACAUUUUGUCCAGGGGCCAAAGCAGUCAACAUGGAUUUUUAGAUGUUUUUAUAUCACCUUUAUGUGCACAUGCUGAAACCAGACAAUGACAUUCUAUAACCUUUGGGCAAUUUGAGAUAUUUGACUCCCAAUGUUCGAGUUACCAAGAAAGCUGGAAAGUGUCAUGCAGCAAAUAUUGUUCUUUAAAAACAAAAUCAUGAAUGGUUAGAAUUCAAGCAAAUCAACAUCUUUAUUUCAGUUUCUGAACUUUCAGAUAACGAUUGCAGAUGUGACUGUAUGUGAUACUGAUUUUGCUGCCUGAUAACAAGGUAAAGCUGGAUACCUUAGACAAGGGACGUCCAACUCCCAAGAGACUGUGAUCUACUCUCAGUAUAAAAUAACUGGCAGCGAUCUACCCAUUGUCAUUGGAGGGGGGGAGGCCAGAGUUGCUGAGCUUUUGGGGGGCAGAGUUGUUGAGCCUUUUUUAGAGGGGAAAUAAAAAUCGCAAAAAACUGCAGCACUGCAAAUUGCACGCAACGUGAGAGCAAAAAUUACUUUCGUUUUCCGCAUUCCAAAUAGUUCGCGGCAGCUGCAGCAACGGCACAGCGAGAGACUGCCAUGGGCAGGGAGCUUGAUUGAACGUGAUUGACAAGGAGCCCGCGGUCUACCAGGAUGACCCAGAAUAUCGACCUGUCAAUCGCGAUCGACCGGUUGGACAUCCCUGCCUCAGACUUUCAAAAAUGGUUCUGCUACCGGCAAAACAAAUUGUAUUUACAAAUAUUGAGAAGAAAAAGCACAUGAUUAAUUUGAUAUGUUCAAAAUGUGUACAGUGUGUCAAAGAAAAUGCAUGGAAGAUAUACUUGUGCUAACCUGAAGUUCAAGUAUACCAGCUCAAGUCCUAUGCAAUAUUGUCUCUUAGCACAGAGACCUGAAAACACAUGAGGAAGCAUACACUGUUUUGUUACAGCCAGUAAUCUAUGUUGUCAUUGUGUGUCAUCACAAAUGCAUCAGGGCUGUUUCAGAUGACAGUGAUGUGUUUGUUUUGCUAGUAAACUAUUACUGGAAGUUUAAUAUGUCAGGGAAAGUAAGCAUGAAAGUGACAAGCCAUGGAACACAAGUCAUUGACCUACGGCAAACUGCAAAGAAACCCAAAAGUAUUGCUCAAAGUCUGUUAGCAGCCCAUUCUGAAUCUUGCUGUGACACUCUGGGACGCUGUCAAAGUAGUAAGGAAGGAACUCUGAUUAAGACGUUGGAACGGCUGUCAAGCAUAAGAAUGAACGAAGGAAGCACUGAAGAUGUUCUCAGUGAGGCUGUAACACUGGGAGAAGAAAAAGUCAUCAAGGCUGCAUUCCACAAUCAUCCAGCUGAGCAAGGGUCUGUGAAAAAUAAAACUGGAGAGGGUGCUAUUCAGAUCAUCAAUCACCGGCUAUGUGAGAAAAUCAAUCAGUUAAACAACCUGAAGCAUCAGGUGGAGAUGCGGAAACGCAGGCUCGAAGACCUACAGCUUCAGUAUGGAGUUAAAACAAAAGAGAUCACUGAAAUGCAAGAAAUGGAAGAACGGAAUAUAGAGGCAGCUAAGACACUGCGGACGCUGGAGAACCGACUGGAAAAGGCCCGAUUCAAGACUGAUGAGGCCCAACGCAUCACCGGCAUGUACCAGAAGUUAAAAUCGCACAUGCAGGAGCAGAGCCUGCACUUCCAGAACAAGCUGGAUGCCAUGGAAGCUGAGAUCUUACGCCUGCGCAAUGAGCUUAAGGACCUGGAGAGCGUGCACACGGAAGCCCAACUUGCUCGUGAUACAACCAGGGCAGAGCUCCUGAACCAAGAAGAUGUCAUCUACCGAGAACGGAAAGUUCGUGAUAAGAAGAUGAAGGAUCUGAAGAAGCUGACUGAGGAAAAGAGAGCGCAGAAUGAGCGUACAGACAGGCGGUCUCAGAAGGAUCGUUUGCCAUUUGGAAGUGAGGACGUACUCAAGGAGCCCCAGGCCAAGAAAGCAACUAUCCUGAAAAGCAAACAAGCCAUGUUCACUGCAGCAGAGGCCUUUGAGAAGAUCCGAGUAGCCACUGGCGUCACAAAUGCAAAUGACGUUAUGGCCUGCUUCGCGGCUCAAGAAGAAACCUUCAGGCACCUGGAGGAAAUGAAGAAUGUGAAUGAAGAGUCCCUGGUCCGACUAAAAGAGGAGAGGGAUGUAUUGCAACGUGAACUUGAGCACACCAAGUACUCGGGAGAGGCACGGAAGGUGGGGGCCCAGAACCUCAUGAAGGAGUUACGUGCGCACCUGCAAAAAGAAGAGAAGAGGCGUGAUGCAACCCGGGAAGAGCUGUCCAAGGUGAACAAGGUUCUGCUCAAUGCCAAAACUGGAGUGGAGCAUUUGGCCUCCAAAGUGCAGCACAUCAAGCUGGAAGAUAGCCGCUUUGCUUCUACCAAACUGAACGAGAAAGCCAGUGAUUAUGUCCUUGACCUCCUGGCCCAGACAGAGGAGAAGCUGCUGUUCCUUAUGGAUUCUCUCAAGGAUCGAGACAAGAAGGAACUUCUCCAGAGAAUUGAAGACAUAGAGUUCCAUUCUAAACUUGAGAGAAGGCUGCCUACCUACAAUACGAGGGUCAAACUACCCACCUCACAGAAGCCAGACAUGUAUUAUGAUGAGGAGGAGAGCGGAGAGGAUGAUGCGGAUGUGGUGACCCGUGCAGCCCUGAAGCGCCAGUCCCAGCAGAUAAUAGAAUCGAAGACCAAACGCCGCACCCGCUACAGAAAGAAGGAUGGGAAGCUGCAUCCUAUGUAGCCCCCACCCCAUAACGUCCCCUGGUCCUGCAGUGCUCCAGAGUCCUUGGCUAUUAAAGGUGCCUCCCAGCCACUGAGCCAGUCCCACACUUCACUCCCGCCAAGUCUGCAGGCCCCAGGAAAGGAGAAACAUGACCGCUUUGUGGAUCUGUUUCCCAUGCCGGAAGAGAGCAGGCAGGGACCUACAGUGAGCUGCAGCCAGUGCGUAGCUCCUGCUCUCCCUGCCUUUCAGCUCUCACCUGUGUGAAAAGCAUGGGGGUCUUCCAUGGGUGGGGUGGGGUGGGGUGGCUUGGCCCUGGUGUUUGUCAGGAAGGAUGCACCUAGCCCACCUCCCAGCUAAUUCAGACUCUUUUUUCCAGAAUCUCUCAACCCUGAGCAGAGAUAUUCCCCACCGUGCCCUUAGUUUGACUGAUUUCCCCCCUUGCUCCAGCCACAAUCACCCCCCCUGGUAUAUCUGGAUGGAGGUUGGGGCUCAGAGUCGGUUACACUCUGGUUGCGGAAUGGGGUUCCUAUGUGCUGUGUUUGCUGUGUAUGAUGCAAUAAACCCUGUUCAGGCUGAGUUGCCUCCUUGUCUGUGCUUUUGUCAGAGAUGGGGUGGACUGUAAACAGAGAUCAGGCUGGGAUUGCAAAGGCUAAGGAAGCAGAUGGUUGGGAGGCUAAGCUGUUCAUAAGGUCAAG